UACAGACUCUCAAAUAAGUACGAGCGUUCAGCGACAGACGGAGCAGAGCACACUUUAACAUGUAUCCUCCUGACAGCUCAUCAAAACACUGGCCAUUUCCCUAUUACACAGGCUUCUAACAGCGAUCAAAUCAAGCAAUAACAUUCUCUUUUGGGAUAUUUUUCGACUUAGAGAUCGAGCCUUACAGUGGACCAUCUGUUGACCAACUAAACAUCGAUUGCAACAGGUACUUGUGCUCUGUGCCAGGGUAUGUUUUGGCCAGUUGCCUGUCUGCACUGAAACGAGGGUUCAAAAGUCCUCUGCGGACUCACCGGUGGCUAACUGCCUCUCCCGCAAGUACAGUCUACAACACUGUAUAGGCUGCAACAGGUUUCAGUAUCGAUGUGUGAGGAGUUCAACAUGACUUACAUCAACAGUUCCCUGUUGAUGAUAUGACAGCACUGAACUCGUCCGCCUUCACCAUGUCCGAGUAUCCCGAGGGAGACAGCCCUCUACUUCAGCUGCAGGAAGUGGACUCCAGCAGGGUGGGAGGCCACGUCCUCUCUCCUAUCUUUAACUCCUCCUCUCCAUCCCUGCCGGUGGAGAGCCACCCCAUCUGCAUCCCAUCACCCUACACAGACCUCGGCCAUGACUUCACCACUCUGCCCUUCUACAGUCCCACUCUGCUGGGUUACGGCACAACUCCUCUGUCCGACUGCUCAUCAGUACGGCAGUCGCUAAGCCCCACCUUCUUUUGGCCACCUCAUAGCCACGUUUCCUCACUUGCAUUGCAUCAGCAACAGACUCGACUACAACAAAACCAUCCAACUGCUGGGACAUGGGCGGAACUUACACCACAUGAUCACGGCGAAGAGGAAAACUGCAAACCGCUGGCAAAGAGGGUAGCAGAUGCAGAGGAGACUUCUACCUCUUUGAGAGGUAAAGCUGACAUGCACUACUGUGCCGUCUGUAGCGAUUACGCUUCUGGGUAUCAUUAUGGCGUGUGGUCAUGUGAAGGAUGCAAAGCCUUCUUCAAGAGGAGUAUACAAGGACACAAUGACUACAUCUGCCCUGCCACCAACCAGUGCACCAUCGACAAGAACCGCCGCAAAAGCUGCCAGGCCUGCCGUCUCCGAAAAUGUUAUGAAGUUGGAAUGAUGAAAUGUGGGUUACGGAGAGAUCGUGGCAGCUACCAACAAAGAGGAGCACAGCAGAAGCGACUGGCACGAUGCUCUGGCAGGAUGAGAACAAGUGGCCCAAGAUCUCAAGAAAUCAAAAGUGUCCAACAUCCCCUCAGUGGAAAUAAGGUGGUUACCAUGGCGUUGAGCCCUGAGGAGCUAAUCGCUCGAAUCAUGGAUGCAGAGCCACCCGAGAUUCAUCUCAUGAAAGAUGUGAAGAAGCCGCUCACUGAGGCCAAUGUCAUGAUGUCACUGACCAACCUGGCUGACAAAGAGCUUGUUCACAUGAUCAGCUGGGCCAAGAAGAUCCCAGGUUUUGUGGAGAUCAGUCUUUUUGACCAGGUCCAUUUGCUGGAGUGCUGCUGGUUAGAGGUGCUGAUGCUGGGACUGAUGUGGCGGUCUGUUAAUCAUCCUGGAAAGCUCAUUUUCUCCCCAGACCUCAGUCUCAGCAGGGAUGAAGGCAGCUGUGUGCAGGGGUUUGUGGAGAUCUUUGAUAUGCUGCUGGCAGCCACGUCCAGGUUCAGAGAACUGAAGUUACAGAGAGAGGAGUAUGCUUGUCUCAAAGCCAUGAUCCUUCUCAACUCCAACAUGUGCCUGAGUUCGGCGGAGGGAGGAGAGGAGCUGCAGAGCCGGUCGAAGCUGCUGUGUCUGCUGGACUCGGUGACGGAUGCUCUGGUUUGGGCCAUCUCGAAGACGGGCCUGAGCUUCCAGCAGCGCUCCACCAGACUAGCCCAUCUGCUCAUGCUGCUCUCGCACAUAAGGCACAUCAGCAACAAAGGCAUGGACCACCUCCACUGCAUGAAGAUGAAGAAGAUGGUUCCUCUGUAUGACCUGCUUCUGGAGAUGCUGGAUGCUCAUAUCAUGCACAGCUCACGUGUGUCUCACUCCGGCCCUCAAGCGGCUCCUGCUCCCAAAGAGAGCAAAGGCGUCCAGGAGGCCUUCGCCUGCACUUCUCAGCACGGCGGGACCUUAGGACCCUAAACCAUUUCUGCACUGAAGAAUGAUCUAUAGUUUCGGGAGAAUGGACAACAAAAGUAGCCACACAAAAAGAGUGGAAUAGGAUUUCUCAAGAUGAAAAACAUCAGAUUUUGGCAUUUGUUGUGAAAUCCUCUUUUUUUGUUUGGUUUCACAGAACUCGUUCUGAACACAGUUUUUUGGUUUUAUGUAGCCUAAACCACAAAAAAAGGGAAAUUUAAUUUUUUACAAAACCUUAACAAUUGCUGGAGGUUUGAAAAUCGAUUACUAUUUGUUUGGAUUUCAAAAGCUUUUUUGAAAUGCAACUUGCAGUGAGAUAUCUGACAGUGUGGCCUCGCGCACCCAUUCCCAUGAAAUCUGCACCACAAUGAAAUGUACAGUUUCUACUUUUCCAUUUUCUUUCUAAACAGUACAUUUGCAACUCGCGCUUUUUGUAAAAGAAAACAACAGCAUCACACCGAUGCCCUCAUCAACACUGUCGGAACAAACAGAUCAGAUUCCAUCACUUGCAAAAUGACAGUAAGGACAGUCAUUGCUAAAGAGAGAGAUUUGUAUGCAAUGUGAGCAAAGACUAAAUUCUGGUCCAAAGGCUCAGAAGAACUGAAUCAAGCCUUAUUUUAUUUGAUUCUGUCAGAACAAGGACUUGUGAAUGUCACACCGCAGUAAUUCAGGGCAGCUGGAUGUUUUGUUUGCAUCUAUUACUUUUGACAAAACAGAUUAUGGAGCAAAACAUCAAAACAAACUGCUUUCUUUCGUCCUGCUCUCUGCCCUUUAACACCAUAAAGGGCUUGUACAAAACAUUUGAACAUUUUCUAGGGACAGCUCAAUUUAUUGCUACUAUUCCACUGUGAAAUCCUUUCUGUUGGUAAGAUGCACCACAACCACCAAAAAUGUACUUGUGAAAUUGCACUUUAAGAGUUCUCUGAAAUAUCUAAAGCCCUGUUUUCAGAAUCAAGAAAACUGAAAAUAUUGCAGUGACUACAAUGAUUAUAGCCUAUACAGUUUGGUUUAAGAUGACAGUAAUAAGAGAAAGUAUCUAGGUAAGGAGAAAAUUGAUUUAUUCCUACCUUAAAGAUUAGAAUCAUAAAGAUAGAUGUUACAAGUACUUACUUUUAAUAAACACACAAAAUAAAUGUAUAUGUUGUCUGCUGGCAGCCAU